AUGACCAGCCCGGCGCUACUGCUGCUGCUGCUACUGGGCGUCGCUGUUGCCGACCCUACGGUUUACUUCGAGGAGCGAUUCAACGACGGCGACAAAUGGGAGAGCAGAUGGGUGGAGUCCCAGCACAGGUCAGAUCUCGGCAAAUUCAAACUCACAGCUGGCAAGUUUUAUGGAGAUGCAGAAGAAGACAAGGGAAUCCAGACGUCUCAAGAUGCCAGGUUUUAUGCCUUGUCAGCCAAGUUUGAUAAGUUCAGCAAUGAAGAUAAACCACUGGUGAUUCAGUUCACGGUGAAACAUGAGCAGAACAUUGACUGUGGAGGUGGUUACGUCAAACUGUUCCCUAGCAGCUUGAAUCAGAAAGACAUGCAUGGAGAUACCCCUUACAACAUCAUGUUUGGACCUGACAUCUGCGGGCCAGGAACUAAGAAAGUCCAUGUCAUCUGUAGCUACAAGGGAACCAACCAUUUGAUCAAGAAAGACAUUCGCUGCAAGGAUGAUGUCUACACACAUCUGUACACUCUGAUUGUCAGGCCAGACAACACGUAUGAGGUGAAGAUUGACGGUGAAAAGGUAGAGAGCGGCCUGUUGGAGGAAGACUGGGACUUGUUGCCCCCAAAGAAGAUUCCUGACCCUGAUGCCAGUAAACCAGACGACUGGGACGAGCGUGAGAAGAUUGACGACCCUGAAGACACCAAACCCGAGGACUGGGACAAGCCUGAGCAUAUCCCUGACCCAGACGCCAAGAAGCCAGACGACUGGGAUGAUGAGAUGGAUGGUGAAUGGGAGCCACCCAUGAUUGACAACCCUGAGUACAAAGGUGAGUGGAGGCCCAAACAGAUCGACAACCCAGCCUACAAGGGCAAGUGGGUGCAUCCAGAGAUCGACAACCCUGAGUAUGUGGCCGAGCCUAAACUCUAUAAAUAUGACGACUUUGGAGCCAUAGGAUUUGAUCUCUGGCAG